AGUCUUUUAUGUUACAAAUUGAUAUAUUUUAAUGUACAUGUCUUUACAUAACGUCUCAUAGUUGCUUUGUAACAAUGCUGGAAUGUUUUCAGGAUAUUUUCUACGCGAUAAUGCGGACAUUGCUGCGGCCUGUUUUGAACUUAUAAUUACGGUGGACCAGCCCAAAGAAAGACCGACAAAGCGAUAUCCGUAUCGAAGAGGGCCGCUGCACGAGGCGACAUCCCUACUCUCUACAUCUUUCCUGGGACGUCGCCUUUCUCUCGUGUCCAAGGCUCGUAAGAGGCCCCAUUCACAGUCCCCGUCUUUUUGUUUCCCCUCCAUUCGCCCACUUCUACCUUCUCGAGGAACUUCAGCUCACCUGAGCGGCCAUCUUGAACUGUACAGAACUCUAUCCUAGCUUGUCCUCCUUAAGACGUGUUUUUCAUUCGCUCGAGGUGAUCAGCCGCGGCCGUCUCGCGCCCACGAGCCGCUAUGCAAGCCGAUCCAACGGACUAAUCAGUAUAUCACGCAAGUCGCUCGUAGUUCUCGGUCGUUUUGUGAUUCUCCGUCGCUCUACGCUCCAUUACGUUCGUUUCUUUGGGUUCCAUUUGGAACUGCCAACGUUUCUCGCGAAGCAGUUUUGAUCGUCGUGUGUUGUGAACUCGGACGAUCGGCACUUCGGCGCGGAUGUUUCCGUCGGUGUCUUGAGAAGGAAAGCUUCGAUAGAAAGAAGAGGAGCGGAACAGGUACGUUCAACGGAUCUUCUUAGGAUUUUAAUAUUUCCGUCGUCGAAAAUCAAAUUUAAAGAUCAACGUGCCUCUUCUUUUCUCGAAUAACAUCGAGAGUAGCUCCGGAAGAUUAUUUACAAUUUCUUAAACGUCAAUAUGUGACCAAAAAUCGCGCGUUUACAUUCAUAUUUUUGUUUUUUGUUUGGAGUGGAUCGGAAUUCGACCUCGACAGAGACGAAGUAAAAAUCUGAUCUACACGCAAAAUUAACAUUUGAGUUACAGAAUCGAGUAUUUCGCGUUUCAUUCGUUAUUCGAUAUUUCUAUCAGAAUUUUACCUAUCUCUCGAGGGGCGAGGUUAGACCCCGAGGAAACAAUGAAAUGUAUUCUUAUCGGUAAAUGGGCAGUGCAUCAACCCACGAAAGAAAAGGCUAUACCUUCGGAACCAAUCGACGAACGUGUCGGGUGUAAAUGUCACGGGCCUGGCAGCGAUUUAACGUGAGAAUCGAGCGACGCACAGUACUCCACGAGUCGCUGCAGAAUCGGUGAUGAGCAGAUUGCGGAUUUCAUGCAUUUAUAACGUGUGCUAAUUAUGGAAAGCGUAUGCUAACAUCCAAAGUACAAAUACUUAAACAAAAUAACCACUCGCUACUUGUACUACAUCGAUCUCACUAUAUCUUAUUUGUAAGUAAACAAGACCUUAUUUAAUAGAACCUAGAAAAAAGAUUGAAACACAAAUAAUUGAAUGUAAUCGAUAUGAUUCUCACGAAGAAAAUAUUUUACGUGCAUUUUACAUGCGGUUUCCAUAUCAGCAUAUGCCGCAGGUAGCAAAAAAUCUGCAAUCUGGCAACGAGAAGCCGUUAAAAGCCAACGAUUCGCAAAGGAAAGCGACUUCCUCGGGCAUUUUCAGCGCGACAAUAAUAUCGUUGACUCGUACGAUCCGGAACCAGCUGGGCGAACUUGGCGCACGGAAAGAGAGAGGAUUUUUAUCCCAGCUAAAUAGUUCCGAAGCGAAAGCUGUUCUUUGUUCACAAUCCACUAGUGACUGAAAAUGGGUUCCAAGAUAGAGUACGUGGAGUCCUCUCACAUGUACGCGACGAAUUACAUUCGUAAUUCAAAGGCGAUCGGUGUCCUGUGGGGUAUCUUCACCAUAUGCUACGCCAUAAUUGGAGUCGUGGCUUUUGUCACGCCGGAGUGGCUGGGUGACCUAGAGCACGAGAAUCCUGGGAGGUUUGGCCUGUGGACCAGGUGCAGCUACGGCGGAAACGGCGAAUUAGGAGAAGAAUGCAUCGGCAGAUUGGACGACUUGUCGACGAUCGUCAACAUUCCCUUCAAGGUGAGCACGAUCUUGGUCGGGAUCGCUGUGAUAAUCGCUCUCUUGACGAUCUGCGCGAUGCUCCUGUUCUUCUUCUGUCAGAGCACAACUGUCUUCUACCUGUGUGCCUGGAUGCAAGUAGUCUCAGCGAUAUCCAUGGCUAUCGGAGUCUGCAUAUAUCCGAUGGGAUGGGACUCGCAGUUAAUUCGAGCCGUCUGCGGUGCAGCCGCUUCCAGAUAUAAUCCGGGAGCCUGCGCCGUUAGAUGGGCGAUACCGUUAGCGGCAAUCGCCGCUUUAGAUGCUGCCACCCUCGCCGCGCUUGCUUUUAUUUUGGCGUCCAGGCACGUUCGACUGCAACCGGAGCCAUUUACCAAUGGUUCCCUGUACAAAGGUGAAGUGAAUCCCGGAUACGUGAACGAAGCACAGAGCGUCGCUGGAUCGAGGAAGUCCCUGUCCCUGAGACCUGUCCUCUUGGUCGCUCCACCGGAACAGGACCGGUACAGCGAACUCUCCAGAGCGAAGUCCCACUCGCAUCACAGUCUUUACACGCCUGCCCCGUCGCAUCCGGCGCACACGAUGUCAACAAACACCUUGAAUCAUUCUCAACACAAUUUUCAAUUAUAGAACGACCCGGAAACGAGGAUACAUUGUACAUAGGCCACCUUAUCCUCGUUGCUAACGCUAUAAACAAUUCGUGAAUACAUUUUACUCGUGGGUAACUGUGAAAGAAACGAAGAGAAAAGAAGUAUUGUACAUAAUCAAAGUUUAGAAUUAUCCUUCGUGUAUCAACGUUUCUAGUUUUUAAUCAAUUUUGUACGAAAUUAUAUCGUCCGCUGACACUUUUGCAUCUUGUACAUACGUUUACUUAACUCGUUAACUUUGUAUCUGUAAUACAAGGUGAUCUUAAUCGUUAAUAUUAUCCUGUAUAUGCUAUAUAUAUAUAUAUAUGUAUACUUUGUUUCUUAUUCCUAAUAAGUCGCUAAUGUCAAUUUCUUUUUUAUGAAACUCGUAACGAUUAAUACAUUCCUUUUCUUUUUCUUUUUUUCAUCUUUUUUUUAUUAUAAAUAUGUAACAUAGAGCAUUAUUUUACAGAACGAGAGUAGUCUUACAUGAUAAACGAAAGAAAGUAUGUAUGUAUCGGCGAAUAAAGACGCAGAGAAAAGAAAAAGCGGGGAAGCGCGAUAAUUUGCGUUCCUGUACAAAUCACGUUUUCUGUUCCAAUAAAGUGAAAUUGAAAGCCGA